AUGGAGGGAGAAGCUGUGGCCGCCGUCCUUCAAGUUCUUGUUCAAAACCUCAUCGACCAUUCCAAGGAAGGGUACCUACUCGUUCAAGGUCUCAAAAAAGAAGCAGACAAGUUAAAGGGGAGUCUGGACACGAUCCAGAAAUACUUGAACGAUGCUGAGAAGCGUACUAAUCUCAAUGAUGCUCUCAAAAGCUGGCUCAAGAGGCUUGAAAAUGUGGCCUUCGAUGCUGACAACGUUUUGGAUGAACUCAAAUAUCGUGACCUCAUCAAACAGAUCAAGCCCAUCAAACCCAUGAAGCAAAAGGUACUAUCAUGCUUCUCACCAUGCGUUAAGUUUUCACGUUCCCGAAGUAUGGCUGUUAAAAUCAAAGAAAUCAAUGAGAAUUUGGAGUCCAUUUACAAAGAGGGAGACGGGCUUGGCCUCAGAGAGAUACUUACCACUGAUGUGCCUACUUUGCCUGAUCCUGCUCGUGAAACUGACUGUGUCACUCUUGAUCCAAUUUUUAUUGGAAGAGAUAAGGUGACGUCAGAAAUAGUUGAAAAGCUUACCGAUUUUAUCACAACUGAUGAACGUGUAGCUUCUAUCGUUGCCAUUGUGGGAAUGGGAGGAUUGGGGAAGACUACUUUGACUAGGAAAGUCUUUAAUCUUUUACAAGAAAAGAAUCUGUUUGGAUCACAUAUUUGGGUGCAUGUUUCUCAAAAUUUUGAUCCAAUGGCUCUUCUAAAGAAAGUUCUCAAAGAAUUGGCUUCUCAUAGAGUUGAAGCUGAUAUGAGUAGGCAAGAUAUUAUGAAGAAUCUGGAAGAAGAAUUGAAAGAAAAAACUUAUCUUCUUAUUUUUGAUGAUGUUUGGAAUCAAGAACUUAGCAAAUGGGAUGAUUUUCUCAAUUCCUUGUUGGGCGCUACUUCUACUAAGGGUAAUGCAAUUGUUGUUACCACCAGAAGUAUGGAGGUUGCUUCAACUGUGAGUGCACUUUAUACUCAUAAGCUUGAAGGAUUAUCAAAGGAAGAUUGUUGGUCAAUUAUCAAAGAAAGAACCUUUGGAAAAGAGGAAGUUCCUUUAGGAUUGGAGGCCAUUGGGACUGAGAUUGCAGGAAAAUGUCAAGGUUUGCCAUUAGCUGCCAUCGUAGUUGGUGGAGUAUUGCGCAAUAAAUCUGAAGAAAAAUGGAUCUCAAUCAAAGAGCAAGGGUUUGCACGCAAUGGAGGAGAUCAUAUCACAAAUAUAUUGAGGUUGAGCUAUGAUGAAUUGUCCGUACCAUCACUCAAGAAAUGUUUUGCAUACUGUUCUACUUUUCCUAAAGGUCACGGAUUUAGAAAGCAUGAAUUGAUUGAGUAUUGGAUGGCAGAAGGAUUUCUCGAAGCUGGUGAAGAUAAUGACUUGGAAUUUGUGGGAGAAAACUUUUUCAAUAUACUUUUGGACAACUCUUUACUGGAAAUUGCAAGAAGUUAUAAUGAUUGGGUGGAAUGUGUGAUGCACGAUCUUGUGCAUGAUCUUGCAUAUUCUGUUUUAGGUGGUUCUCAUAAUGCAUCUGACAUCUUCCCAGUUCGAUACAUGUUCACUGAAGAAAAGUCAAAGGAUGUUUUGAAAAAAAAUGCAAAAUAUUUGCGAACAUUAUUGGUCAUGGAUAACAUUUGUGGAAACAUGUUCUCAGAGUUCAAAUGUCUUCAUGUUUUAACUUUUGGAAGUGAUGGAGUUAUUGAGUUGUCAAGUUCAAUCAGGAAGUUGAUACAUUUGAGAGUUCUUAAUAUUAAUGGAUCAAGAAUUGAGUGUCUUCCGGAUUGGAUUGGUGAACUGGUUCACUUGCAAACAUUGAGAGCAGAGAUAAGUUAUUUAGCUCAACUUCCAAGUACUUUGAAGUACUUGAUUAACUUAAGGCAUCUUUGUAUUAGGGAAAGCGUAGAUUUGCCUGUCGAGAUGGGGCUAUUAACUUCUCUCCGAACCCUAGAGCAUUUUAAGGUGGGCGACAAGAGUGGCUAUAAAAUCGAAGAACUUGGAAGUUUGAACGAUCUCAUUGGAAAAUUGGAAAUUUCUAAGCUGGAAAAGUGGGAUUGGAACAGAGAAGGUGAAACUACAAACGAUGAGGAUGUGUUGGAAGGCCUUCUACCUCACUCAAAUCUGAAGAAGUUAUGGAUUCAUGGAUUCAAGGGAAAAAGAUUUCCAUCAUGGAGUCCAGAUAUGGCCGUUGAAAAUGUGCCUCGAGGCUCUUGGGUACAGCUUAACAAUUUGAUUAAGAUAAGUCUCAUAGACUGCUCAGAAUGUGAAGAAAUCCCAAUGUUUGGGCAUUUGCCAAAUCUCAAGUCUCUUCAUUUGUUUAAAUUGAGUAAUGUUAAGUCCAUAAAUUCUUUUGCCCAUGAAUCCGAAUGUAUUGUUUUUCCAGCUCUUGAAAAGUUCGUAUUGCGUAACAUGCCUAGGCUGACAGAGUGGGUACACACAGAAUGGUUAUUCGACCGCAAUCCCAAUUUGUUGAAUUUGUUUUUCUGGUCACCUCUCAAAGAGUUGACUUUUAGAGAAAAUGGCAGCAACAGGCCUUUAGCAAACAUAUUUGAGACCAAGUUGACAUUGCUAACAGAGCUUUUCAUAGAAGGAAUAGAUGACCUGGAAUGCCUCCCAAAAUGGUUAUUCGACCGCAAUCCCAAUUUGUUGGUAUUGGCGAUAGUGGAAUGCCCCAAUUUGAGAGGAUUACCAGACGGUCUAUGCAGCAUCAAUUCUUUAGAGCACUUGGUUAUAAUAAAGUGUCCAAAUUUGGAAUAUAUGGGCGCACAACAAUCUCAAGGAAGCCUCACAUGUCUUAAAGAGUUGACGAUUAUGUACUGCAACGCUUUGCUGUAUCUGCCAUGUGAACUGCUAGGAUCCUCCCUCGAGAAACUGUGGUUGAAGAAUUUAAGUUGCCUAAAGAAUGUACCUGAGAUAAUUGACUGUCUGCCAAAAUUGUCACAUCUAUCAUGGUUGACAAUUCUUGGUGUUCCUCAAUUUUCGGCUGAUAAUUAUAAUGAUAGCCUGGAAUUAGAUUUUAGUGUGAUGGGAUCAAUGGAGACUGUUGAUGGCAUAUUGCAAGGAUGCAACUUUCCCCCAAUUAAGAAAUUAAAAUUGAAGGGGUGGGAAGGCUGGGAAAGUCUGCCGGAAUCAAUUCAAUCUCUCACUGCUUUGCAAAAAUUAACGUUGGAGAAUUUUGGAAUGGAAGAGUUACCUGAUUGGUUGGGAAACUUGUCAGACCUAUGGCGGUUGAAUAUAAGUAAUUGCAAGAAGUUAAGGCGUCUACCCAUGGAUGUGAUACGGUGCAUCGCUAAUUUAGAAUACUUACAUAUUUCAGAGUGCCCAGGAGUACGUUUUGACAUUUCCCAAUGGCCCUACAUUUCCCAUAUCUUCAACAUCGACAUUGAUGGACAACAAGUGGUGUCAAUAUAUGAUGAUGAUGCGGAUAGGGAGGAACUGUGGAUAAAUUUCUUGGAGCAAAAGCAAAGCCAAAAUUCGUACGGAGAAGAAGCUGAAGCUGAAGCUAUAGAUGAAGAAGAAGAAUCAGAAUCUGAAGUAGAAUCAGAAUCUGAAGAAGAAUCUGAAAAAAAGCUAAAAGGGGAAAGGAUUUGUGUUUGA